AAGGAGGAGUUAAAUGAGCAUGAUGCACAUCUAGUAAAGGGGAUUAACAUCUAUAUAUUGUAGUGGCUUAUUACCUUGUUUUGUGCACAAAUUGAUCUGGGAUAUUGUAAAAAAGAAUAUAGAUUAAAGAAAAGGAAAUGGCCAUCACCGAAUUGAAUAAAAGCCAGUCAAGGAAUGAAGCACAAGGAGAGCAGCAGCAGCUCAGCGAAGAAUGCCAGGAGUUGCUGAAUACUCUUCCUAAAGAACGAGGAUGGAGGACACAGCAUCUCUAUCUUUUCCAAGGAUUUUGGUGCCAACCAAAAGAGAUUCAGGCCAUAAUGUCUGUCCAGAGAAACUUCAUAGCUCAAGACAGCGAUGUUGUGCUUGCCACCAUACCAAAAUCUGGCACCACUUGGUUAAAAGCAAUUGCUUUUACCAUUAUGAAUCGAAAGAAUAUUCCUGUCCAAAAUGACAAUCAUCCAUUGCUCACCUCCAAUCCGCAUGAGCUCGUCCCUUUUCUUGAAUAUAAACUUUAUGCGGACAACUGCAUUCCAGAUUUCUCGACGAUUCCAUGCCCGAGACUUUUGGCAACCCACAUGCCCUUUUCUGCUUUGCCCCAGUCGGUCAAAGAAUCUGGUUGUCGAGUGGUUUACCUUGCACGGAAUCCAUUUGACACAUUUGUUUCCAUAUGGCAUUUCAUGGAGAAACUAAGACCGGAAUCUUUUGGUUGCCUAUCCUUUGAAGAAGCAUUUGAUAUGUAUUGCAGCGGAGUUGUAGGGUUUGGUCCCUAUUGGGACCAUUUGCUGGGGUACUGGAAUGAGAGUUUGCAAAGGACCCAAAAGGUGUUGUUUCUCAAGUAUGAGGAAAUGAAGGAAGAUACUAAUUCUCAGUUGAAGAAGUUGGCUGAGUUCUUAGGACUCCCUUUCUCAAUUGAAGAAGAAAAAGGAGGAGUUGUUGAUGAGAUAUCAAGGCUGUGUAGCUUCCAAACCCUGAAAGAUAUGGAAGUGAACAAAAAUGGAAAAGGGGCUAUCUUUGCUGAUUCUGAAAACAAGGAUUUGUUUAGGAAAGGUGUGGUAGGAGACUGGAUCAAUCAUAUGACCCCAUCGAUGGUUGACCGGCUACGCAAUAUUAUGGACAAAAAACUGAGUGGCUCAAAUCUAUCAUUUCAACUGCUCUAAGCACAAAGACAGAAAGUAUUCGAGUGUGCAUGUGAUAUUAGAUCUCUUUGAUCUGACAAGGAACAGAAGAUACUGAAGCACUUGUGAAUUUUCUCCAGGAGUCUAGGAACAAAAAAAACAGAAUCUACGUGUGGUUAUUUCCUUUUUAAUUCUUCCCUUAUUAUUGUUAGUACAUAGAUUUCUAGCACCAUUACAAAGACGCCGUAAGGUCUCAGACAUGAAAUUCUCUGAGCAAAAGAAAACUGAAACUCAAUAGAUUGGUGUCAUUGUACUUGAAGGUCUGAAAGUCUUGUGAAUUCCACUGAAUAAUCCAUAAAGCAGAUGAAAUGUUAUAUGACUUUCUAUUAA